AUGGAGAGAAAACAAGGAGUGAGGACAUCGGACGAACUCAGGAGUAAGGUGAUAGGUUUAUAUGCUGGCGGUUCCUCAUUUCCAGAAAUAAGGAGGAAAACCGUUCUGGCAUUAUCAACUUGUCACGGAAUAGUCGGUAGUUUUGUGUCUAAGGGCAGUGUGGAGAAAUCCUAUCAUACAACCAAACCUCGAACAAAAAUAACUGAUGAAGUUUUAAAAUUCAUAGAAUACCAGAAAACAAGUAAGCCUUCGAUUUACGCAAAGGAAAUUCACGUAAAAUUAUUACAGGAAAAUGUGUGUACGGCAGAUAACGUGCCCAGCGUACGUACGAUACAGGAUGCUCUGAAAAACGAGUUGGGAAUGAGUUACAAGUUACUCGGCAUCAUUCCGGCUGAAACAACAACUGCCCAGUUUCAAACAAAACUUGACAACUUCCUGUCAACUGUUUUGAUUUACAAAGCGCAUCAAUUGCAUUUCUUUGAUGAGGCGUCCGUUAUUCGUACAGCAGGUCAUCGUCGUCGAGGACAUGCCUUUGUCGGAGAACCUGCAGUUGAAGUUCAAAAAUAUGCAAGUAACGCUACAUACACCGUCAUUUUAUGCUGUGGUUUCUUUGGUGUUGAUUAUUUUAAUGUCAUUGACGGACCAUCCAACGCUAAUAUAAUGAUUAAUUUUUUUGGCGAAGCAUUGGAGCAAACAAAUUCGGUAGGAAAUCCAGUGUUUCUCCCCGGAGAUUGUGUCAUUAUGGACAACUGUGGUUUUCACCACCAACGGUUUGGGGAGGCGGUCCUCCGAAACAUGCUGGCUAAGCACGGAGUUGAACUGAUAUUUUUGCCACCAUAUUCACCGGAACUCAACCCCGCAGAAUUUAUAUUUAAAAUGAUGAGGGACGGAAUGAAAAAAAACCUCAAGACUUUCGUACGAAUACACGGAAUUUUCAGUGGUUAA